UUCUUCUCCUCUCUCGGGGAAUACGAAAAAGGUCGAGAGCUAAAAAGUUGGGGAAAAAGUAGUUUCCAGAAGGAACACUAGUUCUCAAUCCGGAGAACAAGAAAGAAAAUCUUCCUAUGCCGCUCUCUCUCAAAUAAAUCAUCUCGAUACAGAGGCGAUGAAUGUAUGCAAUGUAACCCUGUGCCAUCGGGGCACUUGUGGGUGGCGAAUGUAUUUCUCAACAUAGAUCUUCAGGGAGAUGGAGCUGAUGGAAAAUGGAGUGCAGCGGCCUGGCUCCGGUCGUGACGAGAACUAGAGCGAGAAGAAUCAUCGGCGGUGGUGAAGUUGGCACGAUAUCAAAAACCAGAUCUGAGUUAGUUGCACUCAGAGAAGGCUGACCACAUGCGAACCCUAAACAACAGAAUAAAUCUCAUGCUAGAGCUCAAUUUCAGGAGGAUUGAUGUGAAUGUUAGGCUAGCAAACUCUGUUCGAGUUCCUCAAUGGGAUUUCUGGAUUCUACAUUGUGGAUUGAUAGUGCCGAGAGGUACGUUGGAGGUUGAGUGACUGACUCAUUUCCAGCUACAGCCAAGUAACAAUUUGGUCUGGCUUUUAUGAACCACAAGAAGAGUUGGGGGCAAUCAAGAAUAUAUGUGUUAAACAUGGACUCCUUAUAAUUAUAGAUUAGGGCUUUCCUCAGCUUCUAAAAUUGGAGGCAGCAAGAGCUGAAAUAGAAAAAAAAAGCAAGGAGUAUGAGGUGAGGAUACAAAGGCGGGAGCAACAGCUAAAAGGCCAGGAUGAAAAGGUACUGCUUCAUGAAGAAAAGAUAUAGAGCCAGGAGGACAAGUUUGAGACCCAAAUAGAGGAGAUGCAGCAGUUGAAAUCCUCCCAGGAAAAGCUACUGCGUCAGCUACUGAUGAUUGCUUCCCAAUAUAACUUGCAAAUGAUCUGCCAAGUCCAAGGUAACUACCCUGCCUAAGUUUCAAGAGCAAGAUGAAAAUGGAG